AUGUCGACCAACACCAACCCGACCGUCCCGACGGCCGUCAACCGAGACAACGUGACCGGCGCCGAGGGGGCGGCUGCGGCGCCGUCCGUCGCGACGCCGCCGCCCGCCGCCCCAGCCCCGGCCGGCGCCCACUGUUCGACGUACACGUUCCCGGAGGAGGCGGAGCGCCGGUCGCCGGAGCAGCGCGGCCACCUGCGCAGCGUCAGCCACGGCGGCGCCGGCGGCGUCGCCGUCGGCCGGUCGGCGCUCAAAGGCGCCCGCGGCCACCAGCGCGCCCUGUCGCAGGGCCAGAUCUUCGAGCCGCACCGGCCGGGCCACAGCCGCGUCGGCUCCAAGACGGACUUCAUCCUGCCGCCCGGUCACAAGGAGGACCAGCCGCACCAGCCGACGCCUCGGGUCUCCGCCAAGGGUCAUUCCAGACAGGCUUCCAGAUCGGAUUCCAUCUACACGCUGCGCCGCACGGCGCCGCCGCCCCUCUGGCGUCGCCUGCUCUACGCCUUGGUCCUGCGCCGGCCGAAGAACGAUCCGGAGGAACGGUACCGCCUGGUGGUGCCCAAUCACGUGGUGCCGCCGCGCACGCCGCGCAAAGACCACCCGAACGGCCGGCGGCCGGACAAUCGCAUACGCACCACCAAGUACACGUUGCUCUCGUUCGUGCCGCGGAAUUUGCUCGAGCAAUUCCACCGCGUCGCCAAUUUGUACUUCAUCUUCAUCGUGCUGUUGAACUUCGUGCCGUCGAUCAACGCCUUCGGCAAGGAGAUCGCCAUGUUGCCGGUGAUGUUCGUGCUGUUCGUCACGGCCGUUAAGGAUCUGUUCGAGGACAGGAGGCGGCACGUCAGCGAUAAGAGGAUCAACAAUUCCACAUGCAGGAUAUACAACAGCGAAGCCUGCCGGUACAAGAAGGUGCUGUGGAAAGAGGUGAAAGUCGGCGAUCUGAUCCACCUGAGCAACAACGAAGUCGUACCGGCCGAUAUCCUGCUGCUCAGAUCCAGCGAUCACAGCGGCCUCUGUUACAUCGACACCGGCCACUUGGACGGCGAGACCAACCUGAAGCAACGCCAAGUCGCCAGGGGAUUCGUCGAAAAGCAAGGUAAUUUCGAACCGAGCAAGUUCAGGAGCAAGAUCGAAGUGGAGUCACCGACGACGAAGAUUUAUCGGUUCCACGGGGCCAUAGUGCACCCGGACGGGAGUCGAGUACCGAUCGGUACCGAUAAUUUGCUGCUCAGAGAGUGCCUUAUUAAGAAUACGGAUUUCGUCGAGGGUAUCGUCGUGUACGCAGGUCACGAAACUAAAGCGAUGCUGAACAACGGCGGGCCGCGAUACAAACGCUCCUCCGUCGAGAAGCAAAUGAACCAAGACGUCAUCUGGUGCGUGUUUAUUUUAAUUUUUAUGUGCGUCAUCGGCGCUGUCGGUUGUAAACUAUGGUUGACCUACUACCAAGAUUUACCGCCGCCCUUCCAAGAGGGCGACAGCUCGGGAAAGGAGGCCUUCCUCGCCUUCUGGACCUUCAUUAUAAUUUUACAGAUAAUGAUUCCUUUGUCGUUGUACGUGACGUUGGAGAUGUGCAAGAUAAUACAGGUGUAUCACAUUCACAACAACGCGGAUUUGUACGAUCCGGUGAACGAUAAACGGACCGAAUGUCGGGCGUUGAAUAUAACAGAGGAGCUCGGCCAGGUGCAGUACAUAUUUUCCGAUAAAACGGGCACUUUAACCGAAAACCGGAUGAUAUUUAGGCGGUGCGCCAUAGCUGGAGUAGAUUACGAACAUUCGCUUUUAGAUGAAUCGUCGCACAACGACAAAUCGACGAACCUCAGCGUCGCCGUGAAUCCCCGCCUGCUGGGCGAUUGGCAAAUGAACGGCGCCUAUUCGGAGGAGUUGUUCAGUUCGAGGACCAUCCAUUCGGAUAGGAUACAGGAGUUCCUCCUGCUGUUGGCCCUGUGCAAUACGGUCGUUUGCUCGAAUCAUCCGCACCACGAUUUCAUGAACGCCAGCGGUAUAAUAGAAGAUACGAAUAUCUACGACAAAUCGGAUCAAAAUUCGAGCGAAAACAGUUCGACCACCACCACGCAAUCGUCGUUUUCCAACAACGACAAAUACGCCCGUUUGGAGGAGUCCAGAUCGGUGACGCCCUCACCACCUCUAACCACUUACUCGUUCGAUAACAACAAACGCAACCCUCACGUUCCCACCCUAUCUCCCAUCGAUUCCAUCGAAUCCUCCCCCACCUGCGAUCUAACCGAAAUCCCCGACGCCGUCAAGAUCGCCAGGCCCAAAUUGCUCAACAUUCCCUCCAAAGGCUUUCCGAAACGCUGUAGCAACUUGACCGACGAGCAAAAGGCCAAACUGAGCACCGCGACGCCCUCGCCGCACGACGCCAAGCCGAUCUUCGAGGCGGAGAGCCCCGACGAGCUGGCGCUCGUCGACGCCGCCUACAACUACGGCGUCCGCCUGACCAAGCGCACGCCGACGUCGGUGAGCGUCGAGACGUCGGACGCCGGCCGGAUGCACUUCGAGAUAUUGAACGUGCUGCCGUUCGAUUCGGUGCGCAAGCGCAUGAGCAUCGUCGUCAGGCAUCCGCAAACCAAGCAGAUCAUUUUGUUUACUAAAGGAGCCGAUUCGACGAUUUUACCGCAAUUGACGCCGGUCGAAGACGAUUCCGAGCAGAAGGUCGUCAUCAACAAGACGCAACAGCACAUCAACAACUAUUCGAAAGAGGGCCUUCGCAUACUGGUGAUGGCGAAGAGGACGUUGGCCCAACACCAAUACGACGAGUGGUACAAGAAGCAUCGAGAGAUCGAAUUCGCGGUGGAUAAUUUAGAGAGGCGAAUCAGAGACAGCUACAGCAGCAUCGAAUGUAAUUUGACUCUAUUAGGAGCGACCGGUAUCGAAGAUAGAUUGCAGGAAGGCGUACCGGAAACGUUGUCGUCGUUGAUAUCCGCCGGAAUAGUCAUAUGGGUGUUGACGGGCGACAAACCGGAAACGGCCAUUAACAUAGCCUACUCGGCGAAGCUGUUCUCGCCCCAAAUGGAGCUGCUGAAGAUCUUCGCGCGAUCGAAAGAAGCCGCCGAGACCACCAUACACUGUUUUCUAUCGGACAUCGAACGCAGCGAACGCGACGAACAACAACAAUCCGGCAGCAGUUCGGCCUCGAUGAAGAAAACCAGAGCGCUCGCCGUCGACGGGAAAACCCUGACGUUCGUGCUCGAUCGCCGGGCCAACCUGACGAAGCCCUUUCUCAAACUCACCACCUACUGUAACUCGGUGCUGUGCUGCAGGGCCACGCCGCUCCAGAAGGCCUACAUAGUGAGAGUGGUGAAGGAGGAGUUGAAGAAACGCACGCUGGCGAUCGGCGACGGCGCCAACGACGUCUCGAUGAUCCAAACGGCCGACGUCGGCGUCGGUAUAUCGGGCCAGGAGGGCCUGCAGGCCGUCAUGGCGGCCGAUUUCACGUUGCCCAGGUUCAAGUACCUCGAAACGUUUCUGCUGGUCCACGGCCAUUGGAGCUACGAUCGAUUGUCGAGGAUGGUGUUGUAUUUUUUUUACAAAAACGCCGCGUUCGUGUUCUUGUGCUUCUGGUACCAAUUGUACUGCGGAUUCUCCGGUACCGUUAUGAUCGAUCAAAUGUACCUGAUGUUAUAUAAUUUGUUGUUUACAUCACUGCCUCCUUUAGCUAUAGGCGUGUACGAUCAAGACGCCCCGCAGGAGAUCCUGUUGAAAAACCCGUACCUAUACAGGCGAGGCCGUUUGGGGAAAGUGUACCGGUCGUUUUCGUUUUGGCUGACCAUGUUGGACGCCCUGUAUCAAAGCAUGUGCAUAUUUUUCAUCUGCCAAUUGUCGUACAACGAUACCGAUGCCGAUGUGUUCGAAUUCGGCACGACCACCACCACGGCGGGCAUGUUCGUCAUGCUGUUGCACGCCGGAAUCGAAAUGCGUUCGUGGUCGAUCAUCCACAUGGCGUCGAUUGUACUGUCGAUAGGGGCGUUCUACCUGUACUCGAUACUGUACAAUACGUAUUGCAUCAACUGCUUCGGAUUGCCGAGCACCUACUGGACUAUUCAGAUAACGAUGUCGAGGCCUACGUAUUGGCUGGCGACGUUGUUGUCGUGCGUGGUGGCCUUGUUGCCUAGGGUGUUGUACAGGGUGAGCCAAACGAUUUGGGCGCCGGACGAGGUGAGCAGGGCGUUGAUAUACGAACGGAGGGCGGCUAGAAGAGGUGAGAAGUUUUUGGUAUCUUGGUCGCGAUCGACUUCAUCGUCCUCUGUUUACAGGUAUUCUAAAGGGCGGUGUGUGUGUUUGGUUUUAGCUAGUUUUGGUUUUUAUUCUUUCCUGAUUUGUACGUUUGUUGUUUGGUUUGAUUGA